AUGGGGCCAACAAAAACAACCCCAACAACAUCAACAUCAACAGCCCUCACCAACACCCGCACAACCCUCACCUCCCAUCCCGCUCCCGUUCCCGUUACCGAAACCCGCACCCUCCUAACCUUCCCAACCAACGGCCUCCCAUCCCCCCGCAUCCUCCCAGCGAGUGCCUUUCCACGCCACCAGCCUGCCACCGCAGGCCCUAGCUAUGGCAAUCAUCCACCGUACAUCUCCCAUCAACAACAACAACCACCGUCCAGCGUCGGCGUCGGCAUCGGCACCGGCGUCCCCUUCAGGGCCCAGACAAAUCGCUGGUUGUGCUGUGUUUGCGCAGAGCGCGAGGUUUUUGAUCCUAUUGGGAUGGUGUUUCACGCUGAACCUCCUUCCCUUCUCUACCCUGCUUCUUUUCCUCGUCCCUCGGCUUCGGCUUCGCCAGCUAUGGGAGGGGGGUAUGCGUGGGGGGAAUAUACGAGCGGCGGUGGUGGUGGCAACCGCCAUGGUGACGACGACGCGGGGACCUCAUACACCACCUGCCACAACAUGAACUGUCGCCACCAGCAAUGCGUCAACUGCGCUCUCUUCCCGGGAGCUGUCGGGGGUAGUUACAGGGCGAAACAACUGGUUCGUACAGUCGGGGGACUUUAUACUUCGCCACGGUUUGUGGAUCCGGUGUACUGGGAGUGUGGGACGUGUGGGGAGUCGGUGAGGAAUAGGUUGCAUUCGCGGUGUGUUAUUGGGAUGGCGGAGUGUCAGGGGGAGAGGUGUGUGGGUAUGCGGCAGCAGGUGGGCGGAUCGCGGCUUGGGUAUGGGGGGGAACAACACACUAUGGGGGGAGGAGGAGGAGGAGGGGUGUUGAUGGCGGAUAGUGUGGUGAUGAAUCGGUAUGGGCAGAGAUUGGGGACUGCGGAUCAGAGGUUUGCUGUAGCGGAUGGGCCGUGGCAUUGGCAACGGCGGGCGUUGGGGGAUUCGAAAUGUGCGGUUGUUUCGGGGACGAGGAAGCUGAUGAACAGACCGCUGGAGGGGGGUGUCCGGCGGGAUGGUGUGGUUCAUGAGUUGUGGAAGGAUGGGGAGCCGGUGCCGAAUUACCCUUAUCGAAGGCCGCCGCCGUUGAAUGAGGAUGAUGCACAUGAGAAUAACGAGUAUGAGGUCACGUAUCUGGCGGGGAUAGCGGCGGAACCGUCGGAUAAGGGGAAAGGGCGAGAGGAGCGGUAUGGGGUCCUUGAUCAGGGUCCACGGUUUGGGUCGGCUUCGAGUCCGGGUGGUGUCAGUCCUGGGGGGGCUUCUUCAGAUUCUUCGUCUUUUUUUCCUGGAUGGAACAAUUUGCAAAGGUAG